AUGGACGUCAGCUUCUUCGAAGAAUCCCCUCGCCUCAAAUCCAAUCAAAUCCUCCGCCAAGUGCAAAGCAUCCACACCGUGAGCGAGGACCUUAUCACCAAACUUCAAACAACCCUAGGCGAGGGUAAGUUCGUGGUCGACAAGUUUAAAGUGCGUCCCCAGGAAUGGCACGACUGGUACAAGUCCAAUCCCCGUUUGCAUGACAUUGUCGAAUACGACUCUCUCAAACAGUACAUGAUCAUCAAGGGCAAGCCGGGUCCAUUGCACGAUGCAGUCACCGCAACGUUCAAGAAAUUCUUUGACGAUCUACAGGACCUCAUGUACGGACUCAACAGACACCAAGCCCCCUCCAAGUCAAUCCAAGAAGUCCCCUUUCUAGCCCUAGAAAUCGGCAUCUGCGAAUCCACCAACAAACUCCUCCAAAACGCAGAACACCUCCUCACGCGCACUACAAACAAGAAAAACACCGUGAUAGUCGUCGACAUCCAGGAACGCCGCCCGCCCCCGAUCCGCAGCUUCAAGCAAUUCGAUCUUUCGGCGGACAACAUCAAGACCUUAGAAUUGCCACAGGUCACCGAUGCUAUCACGAAAUGGUACCAGCGCAGCAAGAACCCGCUCGUUGGAGAGUUUAGCGUUGGUGUGUACUUUUGUUACCCGGAGGGUGAGAUUGUUACUGUCUAUAAGGGUGAUUUACCGACGACUAGCCUCGAUAGCAUUGGAAAAGUCAGGAAGCCAAUCGGCAACGCGGCAGCCAUCCCAUAUGGCAGACUUCUGCCCGCGCUGCAGACGAAGCGCAAGAUUAUGUUUCCAGUGCCUGUGGAUGAGUUGCUGGGAGAGUUGCAAAAGACGCUUACUUUGGUGUUGCCGCAUUAUCGGGCUGAGCGGAAGGCGUUGGAGUUGAAGAAGAGGUUCGCGAAGAGGAGGGUUAGUAAAGUUUGA